AUGUCGUCCGCGCCGCAUCGCACGCCGUCGACUAACGCCGCGACGCAGCGAGCUCGCGCAAACGCCACUCCCGGCGGCGGCGGGGGUCGUCAUUGGCUGGGCCGCGGCGCGGCACUGCCGCUGAAUCCGGGAAGGUUCUUGGAGAUUCAGCUCAGCGCCGCCGCCGGCUGUGACGGCGCGUACUGCGGCCGCGUCGCCACGGCACAUCAGGAUGGCGCCACGAGCUGGAGCCCCACGACCACUCUCCACUUCCGCGCCUCCCCUUCCGCCUCCCCUUCCGCCUCCCCUUCCGCAUUCCCUUCCGCCUCCCCUUCCGCCUCCCCUUCCGCAUUCCCUUAUGCGGAAGGAAGUUCUGCCUCCCCUUCCGCCUCCGCAUGCCAGAUGUCUCGUUUCGCCGGCGACUCCAUGCCAUGUCCGUCCAACUCCAUGCGAUUCAGCGGCGCAAACAACACAGAGCCGCUCCCCGCGAUUCACUGCGAGUUUUCUGUUGAGAGCGGAGCCGCUAUUAGUGGUAGUACCGCGGCAGCUGACGUGGCGCUUGAGGAUUGGAUAAAGGAAGCGGCGUCAAUGGUUGAAAACACUGCCGCCGCACCAAGGGUGGUGAGGCGGAAGCAGCGGCAGCGGCUGGUGCGGCAGUGCCUGAGGACUCGCAACCCCAGCAGCAAAGGAGCGGAAGAUGCAAAUGGGGGAGGUGCAAGUGGGGGAGGUGCUGGGGCGGCAGUGGGUGGUGGUGAGGAGGGAGGAAGGCAAGGGGCAGUAUGGCGUGAUAAGAAGAUGCGUGCACUGCAGCAUUUGAGAGAUAGCUGCCAGCAAGAGCAUCUGGAAAGCCGCCAUUCAGGUGCGCUCUCCCUGCCAUGCCUCAUUUUCCCUUACCUGAUCCCCCUUACCUGA